AUGUCGGCUCCCGCCGGGCCCCGGGGCGGCCCCGCUCCUCCUCAGCCUCCUCCGGCUCCUCAGCCCGAGAUGCCCGACCUCAGCCACCUCACGGAGGAAGAGCGGAAGAUCAUUCUGGCCGUCAUGGACCGCCAGAAGAAGGAAGAGGAGAAGGAGCAAUCCGUGCUCAAAAAAUUACAUCAGCAGUUUGAAAUGUAUAAGGAGCAAGUGAAGAAGAUGGGUGAAGAAUCACAGCAGCAGCAGGAGCAGAAGGGUGACGCCCCAACCUGUGGCAUCUGCCACAAAACAAAAUUUGCUGAUGGCUGUGGCCAUAACUGUUCAUAUUGCCAAACUAAAUUCUGUGCGCGCUGUGGAGGAAGAGUGUCUUUACGGUCAAAUAAGGAGGAUAAAGUGGUAAUGUGGGUAUGUAACUUGUGCCGAAAACAACAAGAAAUCCUCACAAAAUCAGGAGCCUGGUUCUAUAACAGUGGAUCAAAUGCACCACAGCAGCCUGACCAAGAAGGUAUUAGAGGUCUGCGGAACGAGGAAGCACCUCAAGAGAAAAAAGCAAAGCUGCAGGAGCAUUCGCAGCACCAAGGACCAUCAGGUGACAUAUCCACACAAGCUUUGGACAAAAACAGAUCUCAAGGGCUCACAAGACAAGAAUCAGUUAAGAAUGGUUCAGGAGUAAAGCAUCAAGUAACAAGUGAUACAACAUCAGACAGGAAAAGAAGCCCAUCAAUAUCAAGAGAACAGAACAGAAGAUACGACCAAAGGGACGAGAGAGACGAAUAUUCACAGUAUGCUACAUCAGACAGUGCGAUGCCCAGGUCACCAUCAGAUUAUUCAGAUAGGCGGUCGCAGCGUGGGCCUCAGUUAUAUGAAGAACCUGAACUGGGUGAUUAUAGAGAUUCCAACAGAAGGAGUCGCAGGCGUUCCAAGGAGUAUCCAGUAGAAGAGGAAGAUGCACAAAACAGGGAAGAAUAUGAAAGGCAGCGGAGGGAAGAGGAAUACCAGGCACGAUACCGAAGUGAUCCUAAUUUGGCUCGUUAUCCAGUCAAGCCACAACCGUAUGAGGAACAAAUGCGUAUCCAUGCUGAAGUGUCCCGAGCACGUCACGAACGGAGACAUAGUGAUGUCUCAUUGGCAAAUACUGAAUUGGAAGAUUCUCGGAUGUCUAUGCUGAGGAUGGAACGACCCUCAAGACAAAGAUCAGUGUCUGAGCGCAGGGCUGCCAUGGAAAAUCAACGUUCAUACUCUAUGGAAAGAACUCGAGAGGCUCAGGGACCUAGUCCCAAUCGUCAGAGGACCACAAAUCAUAGCCCUCCUACACCUAGGAGGAGUCCAAUUCCUCUGGAAAGACCAGACAUGAGGCGCUCUGAUUCAUUAAGGAAACAACACCAUUUGGAUCCCAAUUCUGCUGUACGGAAAACAAAACGUGAAAAGAUGGAGACCAUGUUACGGAAUGAUUCACUCAGCUCAGACCAGUCUGAAUCUGUCAGACCUCCACCACCAAAGCCCCAUAAAACGAAAAAGGGAGGUAAAAUGCGCCAGGUUUCAUUAAGUAGCUCAGAAGAAGAAUUGGCGUCCACUCCAGAGUAUACGAGUUGUGAUGAUGUAGAGAUUGAAAGUGAAAGUGUUAGUGAAAAAGGGGACAGUCAAAGGGGAAAAAGAAAAACUAGUGAGCAGGCAGUUUUGUCGGAUUCUAACACCUUGUCCGAGAGACAAAAGAAAAUGGUGUGCUUUGGUGGCCACUCUUUGGAAGAGGACUUGGAAUGGUCUGAGCCUCAGAUAAAAGACUCUGGGGUAGAUACCUGUAGUAGCACAACUCUAAACGAGGAACAUAGCCAUAGCGAGAAGCAUCCUGUAACUUGGCAACCAUCCAAAGAUGGAGACCGUCUCAUUGGUCGGAUUUUGUUAAAUAAACGACUAAAAGAUGGAAGUGUGCCUAGAGACUCAGGAGCAAUGCUUGGAUUGAAGGUAGUAGGAGGAAAGAUGACUGAAUCAGGUCGACUCUGCGCAUUUAUCACCAAAGUUAAAAAAGGAAGCUUAGCUGAUACAGUGGGGCAUCUUAGACCAGGUGACGAAGUAUUAGAAUGGAAUGGAAGGCUACUACAAGGAGCCACCUUUGAGGAGGUGUAUAACAUCAUUUUAGAAUCCAAACCUGAGCCACAAGUGGAGCUUGUCGUUUCAAGACCAAUAGGGGACAUUCCCAGAAUACCUGACAGCACACAUGCACAGCUGGAGUCCAGUUCUAGUUCAUUUGAAUCUCAGAAAAUGGACCGACCUUCUAUUUCAGUGACUUCUCCUAUGAGUCCUGGCAUGUUAAGGGAUGUUCCACAGUUCUUGUCUGGACAACUUUCAAGCCAAAGCCUUAGUAGAAGAACAACGCCUUUUGUUCCUAGGGUUCAGAUAAAACUGUGGUAUGACAAGGUUGGUCAUCAGUUAAUAGUGACAAUAUUGGGAGCAAAGGAUCUUCCUUCAAGGGAAGAUGGGAGGCCAAGGAAUCCUUAUGUUAAAAUUUACUUUCUUCCAGACAGAAGUGAUAAAAAUAAAAGAAGAACAAAAACAGUAAAGAAAACAUUGGAACCUAAGUGGAAUCAGACAUUCAUUUAUUCUCCAGUUCAUCGGAGAGAGUUUAGAGAACGAAUGUUAGAAAUUACUCUUUGGGACCAAGCACGAGUUCGAGAGGAAGAAAGUGAAUUUUUAGGAGAGAUUCUUAUUGAGUUAGAGACAGCAUUACUAGAUGAUGAACCUCACUGGUACAAACUUCAAACGCAUGAUGUCUCUUCAUUGCCACUUCCCCAUCCCUCACCAUAUUUGCCACGCAGACAACUCCAUGGUGAGAGUCCCACACGGAGGUUACAAAAUAAAGGCUUAUAUUCAUAUAAUUCAGGGUCCAAAAGAAUCAGCGACAGUGAAGUCUCUGAUUAUGACUGUGAUGAUGGAAUUGGUGUUGUUUCAGAUUAUCGACAUAAUGGGAGAGAUCUUCAAAGUUCAACGCUAUCAGUGCCAGAACAAGUUAUGUCAUCUAAUCAUUGCUCUCGAUCAGGGUCCCCUCACCGUGGAGAUAGUAUAGGACGGACUAGAUCGUGGUCUCCCAGUGUCCCUCCCCCACAAAGUCGGAAUGUGGAUCAGGGACCACGAGGGACUCGAUCAACUCCUGCGCAUUACAAUACCCUGAACCGAAUGGAUAGACACCGCGUUAUAGAUGACCACUACUCCCCGGACAGAGAGAGUCAUUAUGUUACUUUACCUCGUUCCUGGUACACCCAGUCCACAGAUCACCAUUGCAGAGAUGCCAGCCAGGAUCACACAAUGUAUCCUCUAUUUUGUGAAGAUGCAAUCAGAUUACUUCGCUCCCGUAAGAUGUGCCGUACCUAUUCUGAGGGUGCUUACUAUGAUCUUGAGAGGAGGACUAGGCAGGAGAGAAGAGUGCCUAAUUCAUAUUAUGACGACACAACCUAUACUCCUGAAAGGUGGUACAAUGGUGCAAGUUCAUGGGCAGAUCAUGUAGUCAAUGGUUCAGCUGAAAAUUAUGGCAAAGUUCCUAUAGCUAGUAGAAGAGUAACAUGUCCAAGGAUUGAAAUACAGCAGCCAUCCACAGACACUGACAGAAGCGAGACAGUGGAUGUUUUUGCUGAUGAAGCUUCCCAUUCAGAAACAGAACUGAUAGAAGAAGAAGUGAGGAAUUGUGAAGCAGCAGAUAGACAGCCAUAUCAAAGAUCCAGAUCAACAGAGCAACGUCCUAUGCUAGAGCGGACCAACUCCCGCUCCCGAUCCACAGAGCGUCCUGACUCAAACCUCAUCAGGUCGAUGCCUUCAUUAAUGACUGGAAGAUCUGCCCCUCCUUCACCUGCCUUACCGAGGUCACAUCCUCGAACUGGGUCUGUUCAGACAAGUCCAUCAAGUACUCCAGUAGUAGGGCGAAGGGGCAGGCAGUUACCGCAGCUCCCACCAAAGGGGACGUUGGAGAGAAACAAUGGAGACAAGGAGAUAGAAUCUUAUGAAGCAGGAGAUGAAGAAAACAAGCGUACUGGAGUUCAGGAAUCAGAGGUCGAGGCAGAUGAUGAGGAAAAACAUCAAAACCCACCUGUUAAUGGGCGAAAAGAAGUUACAUGGGAGGACCAGCAGAAAAAGGUGAAUGGUACAGUAACUGAUGACAAACCAUUGCCGAAAAAGAAACACCAUUCUGAGCCAGAAGAAGUGGAAUCAUCAAGGAGAAGAAACUCAGAAGAAAAGAAAGCAGAUCCAGAGAAUGGGGAUACAGGUGCAAUGGAUGUAGAAGAGAGGAAUCGCCAAAUGAAAAUGAGCAAGUACAAACAGGUAGCAGGAUCAGAUUCCAGGCUGGAACAAGAUUAUCAUUCUAAGUAUCGGUCAGGACGGGAUCCUCAGCGAGGCUCAGACAAUGUUUCCAAUAAGUCUUCAGACAGCGAUGUCAGUGAUGUCUCCGCUGUGUCACGGACAAGCAGCGCUUCACGUUUCAGCAGCACAAGCUACAUGUCCGUCCAGUCAGAGCGUCCAAGAGGAAACAAGAAAAUCAGAAGGACAAGGGGUAUAGAGGGAAAAAAAGAGGGAGGGCUGGAAGGGGAUGAACAAGAUGGAAUAUUUCCUGAGGAGGAAGAAAAAGAGGAGGAGGAGGAAAAAGCAAAGGAGCAAGAAAUUAAUGAAAAAGGGGAAGGGCAAGAGGUGACAGAGAACUGUGAUAAGGAGGAAAUCAAAGGAUCAGGGCAUGAUGAAAAAGCUCAAGAAGACCAAGCUGAGGAAGGGAAAGAGGAUGACAGUGUCUUUACAUCCAAAAUGCAAAGCAGACAGAUGGGCGCCUCAGGAAAGAACAUGACUAAGAGCACCAGCAUCGGCGGGGACAUGUACACACUGGAGAAGAAUGACGGCAGCCAGUCGGACACGGCAGUGGGCACUGUUGGUGGUGGUGGCAAAAAGAGACGCUCCAGCAUCGGUGCAAAGAUGGUUGCCAUCGUGGGUCUCUCACGGAAAAGCCGUAGCACGUCACAACUCAGCCAAACUGAAGCAGGGGGCAAGAAGCUGCGGAGCACCGUCCAGAGGAGCACUGAGACAGGGCUGGCCGUGGAGAUGAGGAACUGGAUGACCCGUCAGGCCAGCCGGGAGUCGACGGAUGGGAGCAUGAACAGCUACAGCUCUGAGGGAAAUUUGAUUUUCCCUGGUGUGAGGUUGGCUGCUGACAGCCAGUUCAGUGAUUUUCUGGAUGGACUUGGUCCUGCCCAGCUUGUAGGACGACAGACUUUGGCAACACCAUCAAUGGGAGAUAUCCAGGUGGGAAUGAUGGACAAGAAAGGACAACUGGAAGUAGAAAUAAUCCGAGCCCGUGGCCUUGUUGUAAAACCAGGUUCAAAGACACUGCCAGCACCAUAUGUAAAGGUGUAUCUAUUAGAAAAUGGAGUCUGCAUAGCCAAAAAGAAAACAAAGGUAGCAAGAAAAACGCUGGAGCCACUUUAUCAGCAACUUCUAUCAUUUGAAGAAAGUCCCCAAGGAAAAGUUUUACAGAUAAUUGUUUGGGGAGACUAUGGACGUAUGGAUCACAAAUCCUUUAUGGGAGUGGCACAGAUACUUUUAGAUGAACUGGACCUGUCCAACAUGGUGAUUGGGUGGUUCAAACUCUUCCCUCCUUCUUCCCUAGUAGACCCAACUUUAGCUCCUCUCACUAGAAGAGCUUCCCAAUCAUCUCUUGAAAGUUCAACAGGACCUUCGUAUGCUCGCUCAUAG